AUGUCAGGAGCAAAGAGAGCGAGGGGCGAAGGUUGCCCUCUUUUCAAUAGGAAGAGAGAGCUGGGGGCCCCAGUAGCGAAGAGGAGGAGGGGGCCCGCCUUGACCAUCAAGCGGAGGACGAAUGAAAAGAGAGUCCGUUUCCAUCGCGCCUGGACCGGCGCUGUGACCACCACCGUGGAGCCCAUGGAGGCGAGGGCCGCGCGGGGUCGGGUCGCGCUGCGGGGUAACGCGGUGCUGACGAGAUGUUCUGUCGGUUCUCUCUUCGCAGGCCGGCGGCUGUGCCUGUUGGCGGCCCUGCUGCUCCUCCUCGUCGGCGCUCAGGCCCUCGCUCCCAGCCACCACCUCACCGCGCAGGACCUGGCCCGACUGCGGGCGGCUCUGGAGCGGCCGUUCGCCGACCUGCAGGCCGCCUAUCACUCCAUCGUGGGUCUCCACAGGCUGGGGCUGAGCGUGGCGGACGAGAAGGCUGCAUGCAAUUUCAUCAAAUCCCACGUGGACUCCAGCAGUGUUGAUUCCCUUUUCUAUGCUGCACAGUCUAUCCGGGUCCUGUCUGGUUGCGAGGUUACCAUUUCAAAUGAGACCAGGGAGCUGCUGCUUGCAGCUGUCAGUGAGGAUUCUUCAAUCAGCCAGAUCUUCCAUGCUGUUGGGGCCCUGAGUAGCUUUGGCCUUCCUUUAGCAUCUCAGGAAGCACUUAGUGCUCUUACGGCUCGCCUCAGUAAAGAAGAAAAUGUGCUGGCAACCAUCCAGGCUUUGGAGACAGCAUCUUACUUGUCUCAGCAGGCAGAUUUAAGUGGCAUUGUUGAAGAGAUAGAGGAUCUUGUUGCUCGUCUGGAUGACUUGGGUGGAGUUUAUCUGCAGUUUGAAGAAGGAAUUGAGACUACUGCACUGUUUGUUGCUGCUGCCUAUAAGCUGUCAGACCACGUGGGAACAGAACCAGCGAUGAAGGAGGAUCAAAUUAUCCAGCUGAUGAAUGCCAUUUUUAGCAAGAAAAAUUUUGAGACACUCUCAGAAGCCUUCAGCAUUGCUUGUGCCGCGGGUUCUCUAUCCCACAACCGGUACCAUCUGCCUGUGGUCAUUGUCCCUGAUGGUCCUGCAGCUGUGUCUCACCAUCAGCCUGUACUUAGGCUUCACGUGACCAAUGUUAUGUCCAAGCCACUCACUGAAGCUUCUGUAAAGCUAGACUAUGCCAAGUCUGCAUCUACCAAAGCCACUGUCCUCCAGCAGACAGCAUUUGCUCUGUCAGGGGAGGUCUUUGAGCUGAACUUCAUGAAUGUCAAACCUGCAAGUGGAUAUUAUGAUUUCUCUAUCAGUGUUGAUGGAGAUAACCGAUUUAUUGCUAACAAAGUUGAGCUGAAAGUAAAAGUGUCCACAGAAGUUGGGAUUACUAAUGUAGAUCUUUCUACCGUGGAUAAAGAUCAGAGCAUUGCACCAAAAACAACCAGGGUAGCUUACCCAGCCAAAGCCAAGGGCUCCUUCACCGCUGACAGCCACCAGAAUUUUGCUCUAUCCUUCCAGCUGAUAGAUGUGAACAGUGGAGCUGAUCUCAUUCCUCACCAGACUUUUGUCCGACUUCACAACCAGAAGACUGGCCAGGAGGUAGUUUUUGUUGCAGAACCAGAUAGCAAGAAUGUAUACAAGUUUGAACUGGAUACCUCUGAAAGGAAGACUGAAUUUGACUCCGCCUCUGGUACCUAUACUCUGUACUUGAUAAUUGGAGAUGCCACUCUGGAAAAUCCAAUCCUGUGGAAUGUGGCUGAUGUUGUGAUUAAAUUCCCAGAAGAAGAUGUGCCAUCCACAGUCCAGUCCAAGAACCUCUUUGUUCCCAAGCCUGAAAUUAAGCACCUCUUCAGGGAACCUGAGAAGAGGCCUCCCACUGUGGUAUCUAACACAUUCACAGCCCUGAUUCUCUCACCACUGCUCUUGCUGCUCAUUCUGUGGAUAAAGAUUGGUGCCAACAUCUCCAACUUCAGCUUUGCUCCCAGCACUAUUGUUUUCCACAUGGGACAUGCUGCAAUGUUGGGACUUAUGUAUGUCUACUGGACUCAGCUCAACAUGUUCCAAACUCUGAAGUACUUGGCCAUUUUGGGUGGUGUCACGUUCCUGGCAGGCAAUAGGAUGCUGGCUCAGAAAGCAGUAAAACGGAUCGCUGCAGAGCAGAGCAGUAGGUUGGCAAAGUAUAGAACGCUGCGGUAAAAAGGGGUUUUGCUAGUGACCAACUCUUCUAGAAGACACACUAGCACCAGAAGAAUGGAAGAAAUGGGGAAAAACAGAGCAAAUGCCUUCAGAAGUGAAGAAGUAAUUGAAAGAGCAGAAGAAUGAAAGCAGAAGCAGAUUUUUUUAUAUAUAUAUAUUAAGUCAAGAGGGUUCCAGUUAAAUUUUUUUUUUAAUCUUGAUUUUUUUCACUGUUGUGUUCAUGCUACUUGAGUGUUUUUCAUAUGAAACCAGAAAGUCCUUUCUUCCUUGCAUCCCUUCCCCCUUCUCUGCUCUUAGAAUGUUUUAAUUUCUUUUUGAAAAAGAAGAAAAAGGAAAAGAUAACUCUGCCUUUCCCCAGGUGCCCUCUCCUCAUACUAAACAAUUUGUGAAUAAAGAGGAAGGAACGGUCCUGA